UUUUGCGCGCACCGCUGUAUUAAGAUCCCUCGAAUCCGAUAAAGUCAGAUGUUCGCGACGACAGCUUUUCAGUGCAUCCGCGCCAUUGAAUCGCGGAACCUCGUUCUUUCUUUCCAUUAAUUCUUAGCGACGACAGGGCCACGUUACUGAUCCCGAUCAUGAUAAUUAUCUUUUUGCUUUAAUCCUACGAUGAAAUAUACAACAGUGCAAUCUAUCGUGACAUUCUUUCUCCUGCUAAUCAUCAAAGUAGAAGGAAUCAACAAUUAUUCUCGACUAAUUAGUGACGUUCACAAGUAUUAUCAUACUUUUAGCGUUAUUUUUGUGCGGUCCGAAAAUUAUCAUGAUUUCAAUAUGACAACGCUACUGCACGCAUGGUCGCGUGAUCUAUCACGACAGUGGAUCAUGACCGCGACUAUAACUUUUAUGGAUCUAAUGAGCGAGUAUAACGAGUAUCAAAGGACCAUCGCGCGACCAUUGUUCGUUGUUCUACUCGACACCGGGGAGACCAUGAACGAAUUUAUCGAGGUCACGAGAAGCGUAAAACCCAUCUCCUUUCCCGCCUGGUUGAUCGUGUUUCUGCAACGUUCCGGAAAACCGCUCGAAAAGUACUGUCAAUAUCCUGCUAGCAACAUCUUUAAUGUAGAUUUCAACACUCUCAUGUUGGUCCUGUGCUACGAUCAUCCGAGCUUGAUGGAAUGGUAUGCCAUACGUGACAAUCGCACCAGGAUGUUCGAGCUAGCCACGUGGACCGCUGACGGAGGUCUAUCUUUUCGGACGUGGAAGAGCCUCUAUGCCAGAAGGAGCGACAUGUUCGGCGACAUCGUACGCGUGGCGUCCGUGAAGGAGUCGCCGUUUUUUUUGCUGGAGAACGGAGCGAUCGGCGGGUUUCUCGGUUUACUAAUGAUAGAGCUCAGCAGAGUGAUGAAUUUUACGAUGGAGAUUCUGGAUCAAGUGGAAGCAUAUGGCAUUUGGAACCAUCAGGAGAAGAUGUGGACCGGCGUGAUCGGCCAAUUGGUGAACAACAAAGCUGAUAUCGGCGCCUCCGAAUUUACGAUAAUGCCCUUUAGGUUGAAUUAUGUUGACUUUACGCUGCCAUUGAUAAUUUCGCAAAGUCGCAUCUACUUUAAGCAGCCCAGUGAAGUUGAUGUGCAUUGGACUGGAUAUUUCAAGGCGUUUAGCUCCGGAAUUUGGAUAAUGUUAGCGACGAUAGUAAUAACUGCUUCUAUUCUGCUAAGUAUUAUUAAAACAAAAGAGUACUUCUCGAUAAAUCUAAUAUUCGAAAAUUAUGUUCAUGUUUGGGGUAUUUAUUGUCAGCAAGGUUUAGCAGAAUUUCCCAAUAAAUUGUCAAUGAGACUGGCCAUUUUCUCGAUUUACCUUUCGUCGUUGAUAAUCACAUCCGCUUAUUCAGCAUCGUUGAUUAGUUUCCUGACACUUACUAAGACCAAUCUGCCUUUCUCCACUCUGGAGGGUUACGUUAAGGAUGGCUCUUAUAAAUUAAUCGUCAUGAGAAACAGCGCCGAGCACGAUAUGAUUGAUCAUGUCAAGACCCCAGUGUUUCUAAAAAUGCACGAAUUGUUGGAAGAUAAGAAGAACUUGCCGUUUACAUUGUCGGACGGAUUCAAGCAAAUCUGCGAGCGGAAGAACUUGGCGUUUUACACAACGGAGGCAUUCAAGAACGCCAUGAACAUUAAUCUGACGUGUAAGAUCAUACAUAUAGAGAGCGGAAGAACCGAUAGUUUAGCGAUGGCUCUAACGAAAGGAAAUCCUUAUGCCGGCCUCAUGAAUUAUCAUUUACGGCGAUUUCAGCUUAAUGGCGUCAUAAAUAGAUUGAAGAGAAAACAAUUCUUAAGAAAUUACAAUUCGAGAACGAAUUAUAGCGUGGUUAGUUUAGGAGAUAUAGCGCUGACUUUGACGAUAGUGACAGGUGGUAUAAUUCUGGCAUUGUUUAUCUUAAUAAUCGAGAAAAUGUAUUAUUUUUUCAACACUCGAUUUAAAAGCAACAAGUCAAAAAAUCGAGUUUUGGCGCAAAAAUCGAUGUUUUUGGCGCAAAAUUAUAAAAGCGAAACAGUGAGAAGAAUCUAAAGUUUUCAAAAUGUUAUGAAUAAUUGAUCAAAUAUUAGCAUAAUGUUAAAAAAAGCAAGAUUUUAUUUUAAACAAGAUCUACUUGAAAAGCAAUAUACAUCUUGCAGAGAUUGUUGUCUGCCUCAUAUUUAAGAAAGCGCAUGCCGAUCCGCAUUGUAUUGCGAAAAAAAAAAAUAUUCACAUGAAAAGAAGGUGGGCUGAAUUGCGAAACGCUUCUAGUUACACACAGCAAUGCGUAAAGACGCAUUGAUUUAUGAAGAAAAUAAAAAAAGAAAAGAAAAGAAAACGCCGUAUAUCCCGCGACCUUUGCUGAAAUUCACCCACACGAAUUUUGCCCACGCGAAUGCAAUGAAGAGAGAAAUGUCCCCAUCACCGAUCUCUGAUUUACAAGAACGUAAACGCCCUUCUGAUUUCGCUCAAGUAUCACAAUCUUGUCAAAUAGCGGUACGUGAACGUGAGCGCGAGGUUUCGAGCAUUCUCUUGCAUGAGGGAUCACGUAGGAGUAUUUUAGUAUAUGAUUAUAAUAUUCCUUGAAAUUUGAUAAUUUUUUACAGCUACAUAAAAACUCGCCGAGA